CGCCCCUCGGCGCCCGUGCCGGGCCGCUAUAAAAGCCCCUUACUCGCUGGGCGCCGCAGUCCGUGCAGUGCACCUCCGCGCCGCGAAGCCUAGCCUCUGCGUGUCCGCCCUCUUCGGCCCGCUAUGGCUCGCGGUGCCGCCCGUCCCGCGCUGCCAGCCCUCCUGGCCCUGCUCUGGGCUCUGCUCCCAGGGCCUGGAGGUACCCAAACCUCAGUAUACCCCCCAGAAGCUAUCAUACCCCGAGGAGGCUCCAUGAGCGUGAACUGUAGCACUUCCUGUGACAACUACACUCUCUUUGGCCUGGAGACUCAGUUAAAUAAGUUGGAAGUGAACCAUGGAGACAACUGGAAAGCCUAUGAAUUGAGUGACGUUCAAGAAAACAGCUCUCCAAUAUGCUUUACAAACUGUGUCACUGGUGGCCAGAGUACAGCUUCAGUGUCCGUCACUGUCUUCUGGGUCCCGGAGCGCGUGGAGCUGGCCCCCCUGCCCGAGUGGCAGCCGGUGGAUGAGAACUUCACCCUGAGCUGCCGGGUGGAGGGCGGGGCGCCCCGGACAAACCUCAUGGUGGUGCUGCUCCGCGGGGAGGAGGAGCUGAGCCGGCAGCCGGUGGUGGGGGAGCCCGCCGAGGUCACGGUCACGGUGCAGGCGGGCAGAGACGACCACGGCGCCAGUUUCUCGUGCCGCACGGAACUGGACCUGCGACCCCGAGGGUUGGAACUGUUUGUGAAGAACUCGACCACCAGGCAGCUCCGAACCUUCGUCCUGCCAGGGACCGUCCCCGACCUUGCUACCGUCCCGAUCAUGGAAGUGGGCACAGAGCAGCCCGUGAAUUGCACCCUCAGUGGACUGUUCCCAGCCGCCGAGGCCAACGUCCACCUGGCACUGGGGGACCAGAGAUUGUAUCCCACCGUCAUACAUGAGGAGGACUUUCUCUCUGCCUCGGCGUUGGUCAAGGCGAACGCGGAGGAGGAGGGCACCCAGCAGCUGACGUGUGUGGUAAUGCUGGGAAACCUCAGCCGGAGGACACAGGAGCAAGUGACCAUUUACAGCUUCCCAGCCCCCAACCUGACCCUCAGCCAGCCCGAGGUCUCAGAAGGGACUAACGUGAUCGUGGAAUGCACAGCCCAUGGUGGAGCCGAGGUGAUGCUGAGUGGGGCCCCAUCCGGGCUUCCGGCCCCCAGCGCCCAGUUAGAACUGAACGCCAGCGCAGAGGACAACAGGCGCAGCUUCACCUGCUCUGCUGCCCUGAAGGUGGAUGGACAGGUGCUGCGCAAGAACCAGACGCGGGAGCUCCGAGUCCUGUAUGGCCCCCGACUAGAUGAGAGAGAUUGCCUGGGAAACUGGACGUGGGAGGAAGGCUCCCAUCAGACCCUGACCUGCCAGGCCUGGGGGAACCCAACCCCCAAACUGAAAUGUCUCAGGAAAGGGGAUCAGGCUUUGCUGCCCAUUGGGGAUCUGAGGCCUGUCAGGCGAGAGGUUGCAGGCACCUACCUGUGUGAAGCUAAGAGCUCCCGUGGUGAGAUCACCCGUGAAGUGGUCGUGAAUGUGAUCUACCACCAGAAUAACAUGCUCACCAUCGGUCUGGUGACAGCUCUAGUCAUCGUAAGCGCUGUGGGCAUAGGCCUUUACCUCUAUAACCGCCAGCGGAAGAUCCGGGAAUACAAACUACAGAAGGCCCGGGAGGCGGCUGCCAUGAGACUGAAGAGACCAGCCACGCCUCCCUGAGCCUGUCCUAAGACAGGGCUUUGCAGCUCUCUGCGUGGUGGCCGCAAUACCACAUUGAACAGUGAUGGGCAUAUUACCAUUCACCUACAACCCACCUUUCCAGGAUGCCAGGGGACAGGACCGAGGCCUCAUUGGGAUACAGAUAGCAUUUGGGGUCAUGGCACCCGAACACCUAAGACCCCCAGGCCUCACACCUGACCUAUAGACACAGGACCUAGUGAAGAGGAGGUGGAAGACUCAGGGUGUGACUGUGAGGGAUGUCAAAGGCUGACCUGGCCAGAGCAGGUGUGAUGGAGUCACAGACCUCUGAGUCUGGGACACCCAACUGGGAAAUGUUGAAACUCGCCACCUACUGUGUGUGAUGAGGCCCUGCUGCCCAAAGAGAGAAAUGGCCUCACACAAACACAUGUAGCAUUGAAACACAUCCCCAGAUGCCAGCUCCCGAACUACUGUCCCCUGACUGUUCCCAACUCUUGAUGGUAACAUAUUUAUUCAUUUAUUCUUUUAAAAGCUAUUUAUUGAGUGCCUUUUAUGUGGGCAAAGAUGAGUAAACAUAGGUUUUGCCCUCAGGGAGUUCUCAUUCAGGGUUGCCAGGUACAGUUGUACUGGCUGUGCACUGUACAGGAGUCCCUGGCAAAAAGAUCAAGUGGGGCUGGAAUUUCCCAUUCCACUGUCCAAGCUGCUUUCCUCCAGAAGGAAACUAGCAAUGGCAACAUGGUUUAGCUGGUAACAUGCCCAGAGAUGACCCACAGAGCUCUUAACCCCAGCACUGACACUGACCUCUAUUAGACCUCUUUGCCCAUAUGCAUCUCUGCUGGUGCUCACAGUGACACUUGGUGGCAUGCCUAACCAUGAGUGCCAACUCCUUGCCAGCUAAAACACAGAGUCCUGGAAACUAUGGCUCACCCGUGUGCUCCUGCCUUGUCUUACCUGUUUCCAUCUCGGUGCUACUAUGCAACAGAACACUCUGGCCGCUCCAAAUUCCUGCAGGCAGUGAGGAGAGGCCUGGGAGGACCCCCCUCCCAGCUCCGGAAGCCUCUCGCUUUUUCAUCCACCCCAGCCUUGUGUGAGUUGAGGGAAGGUGUCAUAGCCAGCUGGAGCCCUUUCUAACCACCAUACCACAGCUUUUUCCUCUUACUUCCUCCAACAAGAAAAGGUGGCCAGUUCAAGGCCCACCCCUGAGGCUGUAAUCCAGAUCUGAGGCUUGGUGUAGGCCCUUUGGAGACUAGUGCAAAUUAAAGAUCCCUAUCCAGAAAAA